UCCCUUGUCCUCUCCUCUUCGUCACUCUGGCCUCUGUGCUCUUCAAAUGCCCCAAUAAAGCAGCGACGUGGCUACUUGUGGUCCUUUCAGGUGCGUGGGGAACCCCACUUCCUCUGAGGGUACCAGGACAGCUGGGCCACCAUCCACCAAACAGCUCUAAUCCACACACCACUCUCUUUUUCUAUCCCCUUUCCCUGCUGUUUUUCUCUUGAGCAGUUAUCUCUACAGUCUACCUGCCUAUCUGUGGGCUCCCAAUUUAUGGAUCUGCCUACUCACUGGCAUCUCUGUCACUUCAAAAGCCAUGGCCACAGUGCAUUCAUCAUCAUUUGCAGACUGGUAAAGUGUAGUGAGAAACCUGAGUCCUCCAAUGUGCAUGUUCUCAGCGGAGGUCAGACAAACAAGACUGCAUUCCUUGGUCCAGGUCUCAUGCUGUUCACAAGCAUCCUUUUUGUGACCUAUUAACAGUAUUUUGGGGGACAGUACUGUGGAUUGAACCCAAGGCCUUCACAUUGACCUCUUACCCCAGUUCUUAGCUAACUUGCUAGGCUGACCAAGCGGGACUCAAAACUUUUGAUCUUUUUGCCUCACCCUCCCAGAGUGCUGGUAUUGCAUGAGUCCACUGGCACGCCAGGGGGUUUUUUGGGGGUCUAUUCUUUGGUUUCACAGUUGUGUGCUUUUGAUUUGUAAAAUGGCUCUCAAGCACAGUGCAAGAGAGCUGUGAUAUUCGUGAGUGGAAGAGAAAUUAAGUAGUGUGGUGAAGUUGUUACAAAACAAAAGGGGCCAAUGCCCUCACAGCCCAUGCAGCAGAUUGCUGCUCAUCUCACUGCCCAGACCUGAGGCCCAAGCUCAUGGUGACCUCACAAUGUCCUGACUGGUGCUUGGUCCACUGCCAUAGUGCCAGUCCGCCAUGCUGACCACCUUGAGGCUGCUUCUCAGCCUUUCUGCCCCAGUGCUGGGGUUCUAUAUUCCUAUCAGCUGUCCUGAGGGCCACAAAUGUCAGCUGGCCCUGCUCUCUGGCGAUGACAUCCUCCUUGAGUGCCCCUUGUCUCGGGCACACUGGAACUACUCCUUCGUGAUAAGCAAAAAAAGCGGGGCCAUUAACUCCAUGGCCUCCAACAUGGAAAUAACAUCGGAGGGCAAUCUUGCCAUUACCAACCCCCUCCUGUCCCAGACAGGCCUCUACUACUGCUGGAAGGAAAACAGCCAAGUGACCCAGUUCAAGAUUGACUUCCAAGAUGUCCACUCCCUGUACAUUACACACGAGAACCUGGACAAGAAGCCCUUGCAGAAUGAAAGCCUGCGUGUAGGUGGCAUAGAGAUCAUCUUCACCCGGUGGGAGACCUGGCAGGACUGUAACCGCUGUGGGGUGCCCGGUGAGUGGAAGCGCCUGGGCUACUGCUACAUUGCUGAGCCACUGGAGGAUCCCAUGCCCUGUGGGCUCUACCUGGCGGAGUCCCCACAUUGGUUCUCCCGCUUGAGACCUGAGCUUCAGGUAGAAGCCUGCUUCGUGGAAUGUAAUGACAACCCAUUUGCCCAGUUGGGCUAUGUCAUCUUUGACAGCUUCAGGUUUAAUGAGGAGUUGGCACCUUUGUCACUCCCCUGCCCCUUAGCAUCCAUCUACAGGCCUGUCAGCUGGGAGGCUAACAACAUCUCCUUGACCUGGGAGAACGAGCUCUUGGGCAAAAACUACAACAGGUCCCUGAACCUGGCCUCUGGCGGCCGGCAGCUGCAGAUCUUCCAGCCAGCCACUUACAGGUGCUUCAUGGAGCAGGAGUUCAUAGCCCAGUUCAACCCCAUAGCCACCCUGGAGUUUCUGGGUCCUCAGAAGAGAGAGAACAAGACCCAGGGCCCAUCCAGGAAGGCAGAUUCCAUUCCUCUGAGGUUGAAGCUGGUGCUGCUCAUGGGCACAGCCCUGGCCUUGGGGGUGCUGCUGUUCAACACCCUCUGCUCUGCCCCAGGCAAAAGAAGAAACCAGAUGCUGCUGGCAAAAUAAAAUGAGCCCUCAGGGCC